AUGGUUGGCUCUCUCACACCACCUCUUGUCCCGCUUAUUCAACAAGCGCAGACUACAAGUAACGCUUGGACAACGCUUGCACACACCUAUGCCCGUCCCUCCCGUGGUCUUAUCAAACAAAUCAAAGACCAAACUAAAAAGGUCGUCAAAGGUUCUCAAAUCAUCACUUUGUACAUGCAAUUUAUCAAAACACGAACUGACGAAUUGGCUGCUCUUGGCAAACCCAUGGACCAUGAUGAUCUUAUUGAGAACAUUCUCGAUGGUCUUGAUGACGACUAUAAACCUAUUAUUGAUGUUGUUGAAGGUCGUGAAACCCCAAUCACCUUUAAUGAGAUCCAUGAAAAAUUGAUCAAUAAGGAACUCUCUUUGCGGGCUCAACAACCCUCAACAUCACCGUUUCCAGCUACUGCCAACUUUGCUCAUCGUAACAACACUUCUGGUGUCUAUACCAAACGACCAUCUGUGCAACACACUUUAUCUGGCGCUCACCAUGUACGCGUGCGUACCUCUAGCCCAUCGACCUCCCUCUCGCCCAUAUCUUGGAAAUUGCCAAGGUUGUCGGGCACUAGGUCACACAGUCCAACAACUGUAUUUCGAUUGGUGUCGACUUCUCACUCGCAUUCGACAUCGCUUAUGCAAACACAAUGUCACAUCGAUCACCAACCCAACCACGUCAACCUCGUGCACAUGUUGCAACCAACCACUCAUUUGAUACUCUUGAUUGACUUCUUGACAGUGGUGCUUCCCAUCAUGUCACUUGUGAUUUGGGCAAUCUUUCUCUUCAUACUCCUUAUGCUGGCUCUGACGAUAUUAUGA